AGGAAUUUGUUAUGUAACGUCUGGCUGGCCUAUAACGGCUAAACAGAAGCUGACAGAACAGGAAGUCUGCCUUGUUUAAAUUUGGUAGUUGCAUUCCUUUUUUUCUGUAUUAUCUGUAUCUUUUGACACCAUGUCUAAAAAGGUUGCAGUCGUUACUGGUGCAAACAAGGGAAUAGGAUUUGCGAUUGUAAAAGGUCUGUGUGAGGCUGGAUUUGCCGGAGAUGUUAUCCUCACUGCACGGAAUGAGCAGCUUGGAAGAGAGGCAGUGGAGAAAAUCAGAUCUGCAGGACAUCGUGCUGUUUUCCACAAACUUGAUAUAACUAAUCAAAGUAGUGCUCUGGAGUUGCAGAAGUUUUUGAAAGAGAACUAUGGAGGACUUGAUGUUUUGAUAAACAAUGCUGGGAUUGCCUAUAAAAAUAAUGCACCAGAGCCAUUUGGGGAGCAGGCUGAAGUCACUAUGCGCACCAACUUUUGGGGAACACUGUGGGUGUGCCAUGCUCUCUUCCCCUUGCUGAAGCCCAAUGCCCGUGUGGUCAAUGUGUCCAGCUUCGUCAGCAAGUGGUCCCUUGAUAAAUGCAGCUCUGAACUGCAGGCGAAGUUCCGUGAUCCUACGUUGUCAGAGGAAGAGCUGUGUUCAUUAAUGAAUGAAUUUGUUGCUGCUGCACAACGUGGAGACCACGAGUCAAAGGGUUGGCCAAACACUGCUUAUGGCACCUCAAAGAUUGGUAUGACUGUGUUGUCAAUAAUACAAGCACGUGCACUUACAAAGGCAAGAGCAGGUGAUUGCAUACUCGUAAAUGCCUGCAGUCCAGGAUGGGUCAGAACAGACAUGGCUGGCCUGAAUGCUACGAAGAGCCCAGAGGAAGGAGCUGAAACUCCUGUGUAUCUGGCUCUGCUGCCAGAGGGAACAAAAGAACCACAUGGAUGUUUUGUGUCAGAUAAGACUGUGGGAGAAUGGUAGCUCUAUUCACUAGUUUCCACUGUGGGUAGAAACUCACCGUGACUUUGCAGUUCUCAACAAACUCCCGAUGACUAUGCGGUUACCUUUUAUAGUUCAGUCACUGCUGCUGUCUCCUGGAUAGCAAUGGAUGCCUUUGACUUUUACAUGUUCACUACAUUAAUUUCAGCUAAAUGCAUUUUAUUUCAGAAAUAGGGGUAUAUUUUCAUGAGUAUUGAUUGGGGUAUAAAUUAUGGGUGCAUUAGUUUUCCUUUUUAUUGGAUUUGUUACACUACAUUUAGUAUAUUCUUAAACAGGUUUUGUAUCUUCAUACCUCAUAUUCAUCGCAAUAUUUUGCCAUUUGAAUUGAUAUCUGCCUUAGAACUAAAAAUAAAAGUCAGUUUAUUUAGCCAGAUCAGGUGCAAUGGCUCAAUUGUAAUAUUAUGAAUGAAUGACUGGUCAAAUAUUACCUUCAGUAUGUGCAUUACGGUUCAAAUAAUGUGACGGUCCAGGUGAAAAAAUCAAACUCAAAUGUAGUCAAUCAGCAAAAACGUGUUUGGCGUCCAGAGUUUUUGUCUUUAGUUUUGCAGUGGAGCUACAAACUAGCAUAGCUAACAAGUAAAGAGUCUUACAGUUGCCAGAUUGGCAUAGUGUAAACUGUGUGCUUAAUCUUCACACAUGUGUGUCAAACCCAUUCAAGCUGUUAAUUAGUUUCUAACGCUAAAACUACUAUAAAUGGUAUAAAUGGCUGAAAGUGCAUUGCUUAGCUAAAAACAAUAGCAGUAAACUUCACGAGGACUGAAUUUUCGCAACAUUUUUGUCAGUUUUUAUAGUUAGCGAUAUGCCAUACUGCACCAGAAACAAGCGAGUCAAUCUGAAACUACUUGAUGUCGUGUGGGGGAACUAAGUGAUAAUUUAUUCAUGGAGUUUGCAGGAAGCUAACAUGUUCACUUCUAUCAGCCAUGUUAACCUCAUAACUCCAGUGCAGAACUAAAGAAGCAAACUUUGGACAUGUCUUAGCUGAUUAGCUACAUGUGGAGUUAAGGGGAAACUUGCAUAUAUUUGAUUUUUUGCCAAACCUUCCCUUUUAAGGAAAGCCCUUUUCCCGUUUGUCCCUUGUUAAUUCAGCACAGCAUGUUCACUGCUGUGUGUUUGCUAAGUCUGCCGUCACAAGAAAACAUGUUGACAGGAUAUUUUCUUUCCUGAACACCUGGAACAGAUGCAGGGAUGAGGAAUAUAAUGCUGUUUGUUUAUGAUUCUCUACAAGAUGGUUCUCCAACAACAUCACAGCACACCCUUUGAUUGCUUAUGUAAUAUGUCAGGUGGAUUUGAUGAAUUAUUCAUGGAGUUCAUGAACCAUCACAAAAACACCAGUUUGGAAAGGGAGAAGGAGUACAGUGAGCACAGUAAUGAAAUAUGAUGAAAAGAA